AUGUACACUAUGUAGCCAGUGUUUCUCUCUGUCUGCGAUCUUUAUAUCUCCCUAUCUCGUGUGAUGCCGUCUACAUUCCGGGUGUGUGGGUGUUCGGGGUGGUAACCUAUAAAUAUGUACAAUGUCAAUACCAUUUCACAGGAACAGUACAGCGAAUAGUUUAUACUGUCGUGUGACAGAGUGAUCUGUAGUCGGUGUCAUAAUAACGUAGCCGCGCCUGGCGGUACUGGAACAAAUAAUAAUGGACACGUGAAAUGUAUGUACUACAGGAAUACCAGACUGUCCGCGACAGUGCUACUUAGUGACCAAUACCGUACUCACCAGAGUCAUUUGACAUGUUCUCAGUUAAUAUUCCAUGUAUGGUUAUUAUAAAUAUUCACCACUAAUAACAGGGAAGGUAAGUGACAACUGACGGCGACGUCCUGUUGUCACGGCAACACAACACCACGGAACUAAAACCAGGAUGGAACCAGAGAGCAGUCUGUUAACGGGAACCCACUCCGACCUGAAGGAGACGCGAGGUGUGCCACACAUUCACACAAAAAGGUUACUUUCGUGUGUUAUGAUUGUAACAGCUUGGUAUGUGGGAAGUGUGUGACGUCGAUCCACCAUGGGCACAUAAUGGAGGAAUUGUCGGAUGCUUGGCCCAGCAUCAAGAAUAAACUUGACCUGAGUAUCAACUUUAUGGAGACUGAACAGUUACCCAGGGUACAAAGCUGUAUCGAAUUGACGGAACAGAGACUACUAGACAACACUAAACAGAUCAAAGAUAUCGUUUGUGUGAUGAAAUUACAGGCUAACAAGUGCAAGGACGAAUUAGACGAUAUGGUCGAUGAGUGCGUUUCAGUGUGUGAGAAGUUGGGAAAGGAAAAUAUGGAACUAUUGCUGAAAUACAUGGCCGAGCACAAGGCGAGAUUACAGGAUUUAAUUGAGCAGAUAAAAUACCGACGUCACGUGAUGCUAACGGGUUCUAACAUCAACAUGUUUGAUGCUUUGUGUAAUGUGCCCACGUACGACGCGAUCGAAUGUCCCUCUCUACACACGGCACAUUUCAGUCCUUGUGAAGUCGUCACAGAUCUCCUAAAACAAGCUCUAGGGCAGCUGACUACCUCCUUUGACAGUCAGCAUCCAUCCACUAAACAGUGCCAGUCGGGCCCAGAAAGCCAAGUAUCUAAUGUCGUCAUUGAGAGAUCGGUGAACGAACCAUCACCAACUGCUAAUGGCAACACGCUAGAGUCUACAGAUCAGGUAGAGCCACCCCAGGAACCCCCCAGGCAUAACACGUCUUCCGCCCGCCCAAAUCCCCAGCAGUCUGUUGGUCUCAGAUCUGGCCGUCAUCCACCAAGACCUGCGUCUGAUAGAGUGAGGGUUAAGUCUCCCGAGCUAUCCAAAGCAGAUACCACCAAAGGUCACAACCACGAUCCGCUAUUUUCAAAAGGAGGAAUUCAAUGGACGCUCCCUCUUCCAUCCACCGGUUCCUUACAGCUCGUCCAUCUACAUCUUCAGACAUUCGUCCAAUGAUUACGGUAAAAUCGUCUCCACAAAAACGAGACGAGCAGCACGUGUCCAUGUCAGUAUCUAGACGACACGAACGUCGGUCUAUGAGCUUACCCUCGGCUCAUAAACCUGAGCCCCCGUCCAACGCUUCGUCUCCAUCGCUUCUACAAGCUAUCCUGUCUUCAUCUCACGAACCUUCUCCGCCUAAGGAUCCACAUAUCGACCAUUCACCACAGAAACCUGAGCUACGACACGUUGAAGUAUCUUCAAAUGAAAUCGAACCACAAAAUCACCAUUUAUCUUCACGCAAACCUGAAGCGAAGGCUACGGAGGUUAUCGAAAGGUUGCCACAGAACAACUCCGACCAACAACUUUCUUCUCCUGAUCAAGAACCAAAAGCUACCGAAGUACCACCUCCAAAACCGGAACGAACGCGUAAAGCUGCAUCGAAAAGAACUAUUCAUCACCCUGUCAUUUUGUCGCAAUUUCCAUCGCCUUGUGCAAUCACGUCCAUCUGUCUGACCUCCGAAGGUCAUGCAUGGACUUGUGACGAAGAGUCACGUGAUUUAACACUUCUUGGUAAUGCAGGUAAUAUCAUCAAGAGAGUAACUUGUAAUGCUAACGUAAAUGAUAUCAGUUUGUCGCCAAAAACCCAUCACCUCUGGUACUGCACGUGGAAGUGUCGCGUUGUAGAACUGAACCCAAAAACCGACACACGCAUGCGCCGUUUUACCACAGAAUCUUGGCCACGUUGCGUGUGUGUAACGGACAACGAACAUGUCUUAGUGGGAGCGGAAAACAAAAUCACGUUACAUAACACUGAAGGUCACGUGAUUAUAACGACUGAUACCGCAAUGUCGGGAGUUAUACGUCCAACACGACUCACACAAUGUCCGUUGACUGGAAACAUUGCUUUCUUAGAAAAGACCAGCUUUCAAAGUGAUGGCAAAGACAAUGGCCAUGUUGUCGUCCUUGACAACGGAUUAUCGGUCAAAUUUCGCUAUACAGGAGAAUGUGAAACAUCGAACUCGGCAGCGUCGGCUUACUUUGAUCCAUUUGACGUGAAGUAUGACGACAAAGGCUACCUGUUGGUAGGGGAUUUCACUAGCAGUACUCUCGAUCUCGUCACAGGUGUUGGAAACCAUAUCAGGACAUUGCUCACAGACACCGGGAGUUCUCAGGCGAUCGGUAUGCACACUGGUGGUGUUAUGUGGGCUGCAUUUAAAGGCGACAAUGAUGUAUCGCACGUGAAAAUCCUUCAAUAUUAAAACUAUUGUCGAUUGGUUGUUGCCUAAACCGGUGUUCAUAAAUGACAGAGAAGACAGUACAGUACUAUGAGUUUUUAAGUCAAUCGAUGGAACAAAAGACGAAUUUCUAUGUUUCAACUUAGACUAGGCCAUUUAUUGCAAUACUUUCUUUCUUUGUUCUAUUUCAUCAGCAAUAUUACUUUAGCGCAUUAUGUCUUCGCCCGGAAAACUUCGAGGUUUUUUCCAGAAAAUAAACCUCGGAGGGAACGGCGGAGGUGUUCUGGUUGAUCCAAAUAUCUUACUGAGGGACUAAAUAUGCAGCGCUGUGUGCAAGUGAAUAUUUUCCAUAUUGUCAUUCUUAUCCGGGAAACAAAAGUCUAUGUGUGGUAAACUAGUCAUGUCUUUUGAUCGUGCUAGCCGAUAAAUCUCCUUGAUUAAAGCCCGUAUUUUUAAUGUGAAUAAUGUACAUGUAUAUUUUGGAAGUAACUUUUGACUUAAUGAAAUUAUAUAUAUUUACGACCUUUGCACAUGUUAAAUACAAAGUCGUAUCUUCAUGUAAAGUGUCAAAUCAGACAACAUUAGAUUAAGCUAAACCUUGAAUCCGUGAAAAUACUAGUGUAACAUUGUUUUCGGCAAUAAGUAGUCAUUAAAAUGGAAAAGAAUGAAAGUAAAUUUUUCAUCAGUUAUCCAACACAUUUUCAAAAUCUGGACAUUGAUGAUACCAUGCAACCAUGAUGUAUUCGCUUGAAAAUGGGUAUUUGAUAAAAUAUUCUUUUUGAUUCAAACCUUCUUCAUUGUCACAAUCUUUGAAAUUAUAACUACAUACCUGUAAUCAUGAAAUGUUCUUUCUUUAUCAUUACCGAGAAAACUAGUGGAGUGCUUCAGAUUCUAAACUGACAUAUUUCUAUCGAAUAUAUUACAUCUGGGCAUAAAUUAACCAAGGCUGGAGACUUGAGAUAAUAAGAACAUGCCAGAUUAUACCUGUAGACAGCACAGGUCAUGUAUUCAGGCAUGGCUCGUGAGUUAUGUAAGUUUUACUCCAUUAUUAGUUUUUCAUAUAAUCCCUAGACAUAUCCCUCGAUCUGGACAUUUUAGGUAUCUCCUUACGACUGUCUGACUUGACAAGCUCUUUCCUACCUGGUCUGAUAAGGUUUCAAAUCAGUUCACUCUUGUUCGUGUCUGCUUUCCACUGUUACUUAUAUGUUAUCAUAGCAUUUUUUAUCUAUACUUACUUUCUUUGAUAAAAUCAAAUUGACAUCGGCAACACAUUUGCUGACUGCUUUAAUACAAGAGUGAAUUAAUUGUAGACAGAAAAGCAUGAAAGCAUAUCCAUUACUAUACCAGGUCACAGCAUUUCUAGUUGCUACACAAACGAUUUAAAUCCACAUAUCGGGAAUAUGAAUAAAUAAUAUAUAUGUUAAUAUACAAUGUAUAUAUGAACAAUUGCAAUGAUACUAAUGAUAAAGGAUACUGUAACC